AUGGAGUCACGUUCUACUUCAACGACAUCUGCUACUGCAAAACUUGCUAGAUGGAGAAGAAAACUUAUAUUAGCUCAAAGGCGACGGACGCGUAAAAAUUUGACAGGAAAGUUCCCAACUGUCAUGAUACAACCAACUUCAGUUCCCAUGAAUAAACAUACACAAACACAGAGACGUGGUGGCUCUACGUGGACAAACCAGUUUCCAACUAGAAAUGCUUUUUCAACUGUGCUUGAAACAGGCCAAUCUUCAGGUGCUUCUUCAAGUUCUGCUUCAGUUGCUAGGAAGAGGAGGAGAGACAUAUUGGAUGACAGGAACAAUGUCUCUAAUCACCCCAACAAAGAAAAUUCCCCCUUACGAAAACAACCUUUUUUUACCACCACCCUAACACCGAAUUCAUCGAACUGUAUCCCUCUAUCUCCCAGCCUAUCUAACCAAAUUAACACUGCCCCAUCCAAUACACUUUUACAUCAACAAACAUCUCACAAAAGGAGGAGAACACUUCCCACUGCUGCCAAUAACCUGUUGGCAACUUUUAACCAAACCAUUCCACCUCCGUGUAACACCAACAAUGCUUCUACUUCCAAUGCAGGCAAUGCAGGCGGCAAAACACUCAAUGGAACACCGCAUAUUGACACCACGGCCAGUUACACGUAUGAUACGGAUUCUAACUCAGAAGAUAAUCUGAACCCGGGGGAUUGUUCUUCUGAUGAUCAUGAAAGCAUUGAAAAUGACGAUAUUGUGGACUCUCUUUUAGAACAAUAUUCUGACAUAGGAGAUCGAGUUUGGGAUUGCCCAUUUUGUCAUGCCUCCAUGUGGUAUCAGGAACGCAGAGACAAAUCGCGGCAUACAACUGUUCCUAAAUUUCACCGAUGUUGUAGGAGUGGGAAAGUUGUGUUGCCGUUACUUUUAAAUCCCCCCCCACUGCUGCAGCAUUUACUACAUAAUAAAACCGAUGCAGAGAGUAAAAACUACCAAAGCAACCUUCGCACUUAUAACGCCAUGUUUUCGUUUACUUCUCCUGGGAUGAAAUUCGAAAACACCGUUGCUAAUGGAGGAGGACCACCUACUUUACGACUGCACGGUCAAACAUGUCAUCGAAUAGGGACGUUGAUGCCGGAUGUUGGACAAUCUCCCCAAUAUGCUCAACUAUAUAUAUUUGACACCGACAAUGAAGUAGAUAACAGGAUGAAAUGCUUCAGCGACAAUGAUGUUCUUAGCAGGGAUAUUGUUCAUAAGUUAAAAAAGAUGUUGGAUGAAUGCAAUCCUCAUGCAAAGGCAUUUCGAAUGGCAAGAGAUCUUUUGAGAGGAAAUGAGUUCUUAGACUUGAAGAUACGACUGAUCAGUGAAAGGGCUGAAGAUGGUCGUGUAUACAAUACAACAACAGUGUCAGAGGUGGCUGCUCUGAUUGUUGGGGAUAUUGAUCCUACAACAGAGAGAGACAUCAUUGUCCAUGCACGCGAUGGCCAUUUGCAAAAAAUUACUGAAUUUCAUCCUGCUUACUUAGCCUACCAAUACCCUCUCAUUUUUGUUUAUGGGGAGGAUGGAUAUAGGAAAAAUAUACUGCACAGGUAUGAACAUGAAUCUGAGGUUACCAGGAAGAAUCGUCAAUCCAUCAAAGAUUGGUUGUGUUUUCGUUUGCAGGAACGGAAAUCUGAGGCAAUGACAUUACUUCACUCAAGACGACUUUUUCAACAGUUCUUAGUCGAUGGAUUUGCAAUGAUGGAAUCAGAACGUCUCAGUUGGUUGAGGACUAACCAAUCCAAGUUACGAGUUGGGAAAUAUAAUCAUUUGAAUGAUCAAACAAACGGCACUCAAGCAAAUUCUGCCCCAAAACGAGGAAAAAGGGUAGUUUUGCCAUCUACUUUUGUUGGGAGCAAGCGUUACAUGGACCAGCUAUAUUUUGAUGGUAUGGCCAUUUCAAGUAAGUUGGGUUUCCCAGAUUUGUUUGUCACGUUUACUUGCAAUCCUGCUUGGCCGGAAAUAGAACGUGCUUUGUCCGGCACUAAUUUAAAGCCACAUGAUAGACCUGAUCUCAUAACCCAAGUAUUCAAAAUCAAAUUUGACGAGCUCAUGACUGAUAUAACCAAACGCCACGUGCUCGGGAAGGUUAUUGCAUUUAUGUACACUAUUGAAUUUCAAAAAUGA